UCUGCGGCGCCGGCAAAGCCCAUGAAAAGUUUCGAAGAAAAGUGAAUUCUGUCUUCCGGUAUCAGUAAUAGUUUAUCUCACCUGCUCCCUCCCUGCUUCGCUAGUGUGAGACCAGCAGUGUCAGCGCGGAACUUCACAAUGAGAAAGGUGGAGUGACUAAACGCCGAAGAACUCCAUUAGUACCCAAGCAAGAAAUGAAAAUCAGAGAUUCAUCAGAUGGCACUGAAGACUCGACUAGUUCAAGAUUCCUUUAGAACUGACACUUCAGUUGCCUGUAGUGACUGAAUGAGAAGGAAAACCCACUGCAAAGUCCUUUUUUUUUUUUUUUUCUUUUUCUUCUUUGACGUGGCAUUUCACAAAUUUCCAGCAUGUCACAGGGACAUGAGCUCAUUAACCUUGCCUUCCUUACGGACCAAGAGCACGAUCUGAUCCUAGGGGUUUUGCGUCGAGAUGAAGAGUUACGUAAAAAGGAGGAAAUGCGAAUUCGAAAGCUGAAGAUGGAACUACAAGAUAUCCGAAAGAAAGGUGCCAAACGUGGGAGCAGAAACUAUAGCCAGAAAGCCUGUGCCAGAUGUCAGAAUGCACUAGGGCCAUUCAGCUUUGGUGCUGGUCAGUGCCCAGUCUGCAGCCACCAAGUGUGCCAGAACUGUCGUGUGACAACCCCAAAAGGUUCCUGGAAAUGCACUGUUUGUAUGAAAGAGUUAGACCUGAAGAAAGCCACAGGUGACUGGUUUUUCGAUCAGCAAAUAAAUCGUUUCACUAAUGCUUCUGGGUUUGAUCUUGUGCGGAAGUCUUUGAAAAGGAAACCUCAACCCAAUAAGAGGGAGACCACGACAGAAGUACAACAGCAGCAACAGGCACAAAACAAGCAGUCUGCUUCAUCUAGUCCUAGGGCCAAGCAUCGUGCACUCAAGACAAAGAAUGUACUAUUUGAGAACUCUGAGGGUGCAGAGCAACAGAAGAGUGAUACAGAGUCAGCUGAGUCCCACCAAUCCACACCGGUCUUCAAGAGGAGGGGUUCUUUGGGAGAUGCUGCUGUGCCUCAAAGCAUACCCGUGAAUCUGAACCCAGAAGCUUUCACAAUGUCCACUACAACUUCAAAAUCUCAUCAGGCUGUAAAGUCAGAAGAUUCUCCUUCAAAGAAAAGAAGUGAAGAACCAGCAGAUGACACAUUAUUUACAAAAAAUCCAAAAACAAUUGCUUUGUCUGACUAUGCAAGACCCAAGUCAGUGAUUGAUUUACGUUCAGAAGUGCCACAGAUUGAAGAGAACACUAUGGGUGACCGAAGCAAAUCAAUGCCUGGCCUUGACAGGGAUUUGGAUGAAGAAGAAGAAGAUAUUGACAGUUUGGUUGAAAUUCACCGUAAAUCUGCAGUACGGAGUAACAGUAUUCAUAGUAGAGCAUCAUCUGGUACGCUUGGAAGCAUGAUGAGUAUUUAUAGUGAGGCUGGUGACUAUGGUAAUGUGGAAGUUACUGGAGAGAUUGUGUUUUCAAUGAGUUAUGAUACGAAUGCUCAGACACUCUGCAUCUUCAUAAAGGAAUGUCAUAACCUUGCUUAUGCAGAUGAAGUAAAAAAACGCUGCAAUCCAUAUGUCAAGGCCUAUCUGUUACCAGAAAAGUCCCGCCAAAGCAAGAAAAAAACUGUUGUCCGAAGCAAAACUGUUAACCCUGUUUACCAUGACAAAAUUGUGUAUAAUAUUAGUCAAAGUCAGCUAAUAAUGAGAACCCUGCAGUUAUCGGUGUGGCACUAUGACCGUUUUGGUAGAAAUGUCUUCUUGGGAGAAGUGGAACUGUCGCUGGAUACUUGGAACUUUAAGGACACUGCAGAAGAAUGCCUGCCACUGCACUCAAAGGCUUCGUCCCAGUCUAGCGCCUAUUCACAUUACAAAGGAGAGCUGGUCAUUUCCCUGAAGUAUGUUCCUCAAAGUAAACUGCAGCCACAAAAAUCCAAAAGUAAGAAGGAUGAAGGAGGAGAGCUACAUGUUUUAAUCAAAGAGGCCAGAGGUUUGACUGCAGUGAAGGCAGGAGAGACUUCUGAUAGUUUUGUUAAAGGGUAUCUCUUGCCCGACAGGUCCAAGAAAACUAAAAAAAAGAGUCCAGUGAUAAAGAAGACCCUGAACCCAUAUUAUGACCACACUUUUGUGUACACUGGAGUGUCAUUUGAUGAGCUGAAGGACCUCUGUCUGGAGCUUACUGUGUGGGACCGAGAAGCAAUGUCUAGCAAUCAUUUCUUAGGCGGCAUCCGACUAGGAUUAGGCACAGGGAUGAACAAAGGACAGCAUGUCACCUGGAUGGACUCAAAAGGGGAGGAGGUCAGUCUGUGGAAGAAGAUGAUGCAGUUCCCAGACUCCUGGGCAGAGGGCACACUGCUCCUGCGUUCUACAAUGGGACUUGUGAAAUGAGAAGUCUCCCCAGAUGUCACAGGCAAGGAGUUGUUCUCACUGAGGGUCAUUUGUGAUUAAGAUGUGGCUGGUGGUUUCUAAGUAUGUCAGCCAUAUGGAAAAGGACAAAUGUUUGUACAGAGUAUCACUCCUUUUAUAUCUGUCUGGGAUCUCUUGUACCAAUAAACCAAUAGGUCACCCUUUAAUAAAACAAGUUUUUAAUUAAA